AUCCAAUAUCCAAUCAAAAGAGGAAACUUGCGAAGAAAUAUAAUGAAUCAUAUUAUACUCUGCUUGUAAAUAUUGGCUGUGCAUAACUGUGAACGGUAUACUUGUCAUUAUUAUUAUUAUUAUUAUUAUUAUUAUCAUGACUACGAAGAUGACUACAUCUGUGCAAACACCUGUACCACCCAAAACUGUUUGGAAGCCUGGUAAGGUGAAAGUUGUGCGAGCAUUAUAUAAAUACACAGCACAAAAUGCAGAUGAACUAUCCUUUGAUGAAGGUGAAGUUCUUUAUGUUUAUGAUAAAAAUACAGAACCAAAUUGGUGGAGAGCAAAAUGUGGAAAUCAAGAUGGUCUUGUACCUGCCAAUUAUGUUGAAGAACAAACUGAAGAAAUUGAAUUGCCAUUACAUGAUGCUGCAAGGCGUGGAAAUCUUUCACUAUUAACAGAAUAUAUAAAGCAAGGAGUUUUGGCUACAAGUUUGGAUGCAAUGGGUAAUAUUCCACUGUAUUGGGCUGCACGUGCUGGUCACCUCGAUUGUGUCAAGAAACUUUUAAGUACACCAAAUCCUGUAAUUAAUGUUCAAAAUAAAAUGGGUGAAACACCAUUACAUGUGGCAGCAAGUCGAGGACAUAUAGAUGUGGUAAAUCUAUUAUUGGAUUAUGGUGCAGAUCCAACAAUAAAAAAUAAUGAUAAUUUAGUUGCUGAACAAUUGUCUUCUGAUCUCUCAAUUAAGAAUAUAAUACAAUUGAGUCAACGUCAGUCUAAUAAAACGUAUGGGUACACAGAUGAUGAUUAUAAUGACGACAGUGAUUAAAAUGAGGCAUCUCUUUAUUAUAAUUUGGAUUGUGAUUAUUACGACCAAAUAGUAUUAUAGGUAAUAAAAAACAAUUUAUAAUACAAUAGUUCAAGUAUUGUAAAAACGUAAGUUUGUAUUAAAAAUUAUUUAUAAUUAAAUUAAUAUUUA